GCUUUGAUAGGGACAUUUCAUAGAAAAGAGAAAUCCGUUGGUCUGUGCGGCAGUGGCUGUCUUUUACAAAUGGCGACUUAGGUAGAAGCACGCUGUUUCAUUUAAUCGGAAGAUUUUUCAUUGUGGAUUUUUGUGUAUAUAUAUAGUAAAUAUUUAGAGUCUUUGCGUAAGAACACACAGCGGCUGAAACAAUUAGAGUACUCUACCAUUUACACAGAGGAGAAGGCAAAAUUAUUGAAGUUCUUACGUAUAAAAUCGAGAAAAAUGGGAAACGUACUAGCAGCCUCCGUACCUCCUCCACCUUCGCCGCCGCCUCCAACCUCAGGUUUACUACCAAAUUUAGAAAAAUCAGAUUCUACGGAGAUACUACAGUCGUCUAGCAAUUUUUCUGACGGUUUGAAAAAUCCUGGUACAAUCGAGGAUCUUCACAAGAAGUGCAAAGAUGUAUUUCCCGCAAACUUUGAGGGUGCGAAGCUAAUGUUUAAUAAAGGUCUUAGUAAUCAUUUUCAAAUAUCACACACGAUAAGUAUGAGUUCCAUUGCACACUCUGGAUACAGAUUUGGAGCAACAUAUGUCGGUACUCAACAAAUAGCACCUUCGGAAGCUUAUCCAGUAUUGCUAGGUGAUAUUGAUCCAAGUGGAAAUCUUAAUGCCAAUGUUAUUCAUCAAUUUGGUGAAAAGCUAAGAGGAAAAUUAGCUACUCAAGUACACAAAAGUAAAUUUACCGCUGUUCAAAUGACAACAGAUUAUCGUGGCGACGCGUAUACCGUCUCUUUGACCUUGGGUAAUCCGGACAUACUUAACGGUUCUGGCGUUUUCGUAAUGCAUUAUCUUCAAAGCGUAACUCCAUCUGUCGCAUUGGGUGGAGAACUCGCUUACCAACGGGGCCCUGCCGUACCAGGAGGUCAAGUCGCUGUUCUCUCAGCCGCUGGAAGGUAUACGAACGGAGAUUCUACGAUUAGUGGUAGUUUAGGUUUGUCUGGAUGUCACUUGUGUUUCCAUCAAAAAGCUAGUCAACAGUUGCAAGUUGGUGUAGAAUUGGAAAUUAACAGCCGAAUACAGGAAUCCACGGGAACUAUUGCUUACCAAGUUGAUUUACCCAAAGCCGACUUAAUAUUUAGAGGAAGCAUAGAUACAAAUUGGACAGUGGGUGCUGUUUUGGAAAAAAAAUUACAACCAUUACCAUUUACAUUUGCGUUAAGUGGUAUGAUAAAUCAUAGUAAACCGCAAUUUAGAUUGGGUUGUGGAUUGAUAAUUGGUUAAAAA